AUGAGAUAUGGUCGUCAGCGGUGGACAUCAUCAACUCGAGAGGAACGGCGAGUGAUGCUGUCGUCUUGUAUCAUAAUCCAACAUUUAUUUGUGUCAAACAAGGUGAGUGAGCUCCAGGCUUUCGGUGAAAUUUUGCGUGAGUUGGCAUUCCCUUUGCGGUUCUUGAAUCACAAUCAGUGUGAGACGGAGCGUCGAAUGACAGGGAAUAGUAAUCAGCUCAUUAGUAGGCGACCGACGGGCUUUGUGCCUGAAACAGAAUGUGUACCAGAACUCGAUAGAAAUUACUUUCUGUACGAGUGUCCGCCACUAACAAUCUAUUCUCCCCGAUCUGCACCUGAGAAAGGCGAGGCGAGGUGGUUCCCUCGCCGACAGUAA